GUAAGCUUUGCUGAGCUUUGAAAUUAUGUGUCCGCUCCGUAUUUUACCCCUGCGACUGAGGAAUACAAUACUGAAUGAGUGAUCGCAGCUGCUUUACCUUGAUAAGGUUAAAAAUGCCUCUGCGUGGAAGCUCAAUUUUCCUCCUAUUAUGCAUUGCUCUGUUGUCAUCAUGGAGAGCUUGCGAUGGUGGCAAGAUUUUGGUAGUCCCUUUUGAGGGCAGCCACUGGGUCAAUAUGGACAUCAUGAUCAGAGCUCUCCAUGCUCAAGGACACUCUGUUGAUGUGAUUCGCACCGACACGAGCUGGUAUAUCAAGGAGAACUUACUGCACUACAACUCCAUCACCGUAUCGGGCAGCAAAGGACUUGACAGUGACUUUGUCAACCCAAUCAUAGAGAACAUUUUAGCUAUCGAGAGGGGACAGAGCUCUGUUAUGAUGUUUGCUAGUCUGACGGUUGUGUCGUUCCAGGUGGGUUUUAGCUUUGCUGCUCUCAUGAGCGACAUGGCGAGGAAUUUACUAAAAGAUGAAGAUUUAAUGGCUCGUCUGAAAGAGCAUCAGUAUGACCUGGUCCUUACUGACCCAGCAGGGGGUGCAGGCACCAUUUUGGCUCACGCGCUAAAGCUACCUUUAGUCUACAAUGUGCGCUGGGUGAACCCCGUAGAGGGGCAUCUGUUCAUUGCACCGUCUCCUUUGUCUUACAUUCCCAUGACCGGCUCUGGGUUGUCUGAUAAAAUGACUUUCUUUGAGAGGGUAAAGAAUCUUGUCUACUUUAGCCUUUGGAAGGCUCAGUUUGCAUUUUUUAUCGAACCGCAUUAUCAAGCAGUUUGCACUGAAUUCUUUGACUCAAAAGUUCAAUACAAUGACUUAGUACAAGCAGCAGACCUUUGGCUCAUGAGAGUGGACUAUGUGUUCGAGUUUCCUCGCCCCACCAUGCCCAAAGUCAUCUAUAUUGGAGGAUUCCAGUGUCAACCUGCCAAGCCUCUACCGGAACACCUGGAGGAGUUCAUGCAAAGUUCUGGAGAACAUGGAGUCAUCCUCAUGUCUCUUGGGACUUUUGUGAGUGAACUACCUGCCGACGUAGCCGAUAAGAUAGCGGCGGCUUUUGCCAAGCUGCCUCAGAAGGUCAUCUGGAGGUAUAAAGGUGCCAAACCUUCAACUCUUGGCAACAACACUCUCCUGGUGGACUGGGUGCCACAGAACGACCUCCUUGGACAUCCCAAGAUUAAACUUUUUGUGGCUCACGGCGGGACGAACGGUGUCCAGGAAGCUAUGUAUCACGGCGUGCCCGUUGUGGGAAUACCUUUGUUUUUCGACCAGUAUGACAAUUUGAGGCGUCUCACGGACAGAGGGGCAGCAGUGUUGGUCACAUUAGCCUCAGUGGACAAAGACAACAAAUUCCUAAAGGCCCUGCAGGAAGUUCUUACAAAUUCAUCCUACAGGACAAACAUGCAGAGACUCUCCAGGCUGCACAGAGAUCAGCCAAUCACAUCGCUCGACAACGCCAUCUUCUGGAUCGAGUUUGUCAUGAGACACAAAGGUGCAGCCCACCUGAGGACCAAAUCCUACAAGCUGCCCUGGUACGCCUACUACUCUGUGGACGUGUUCUUUACUUUAUUUUCAACUGUAGCAGUGAUGAUUCUUCUCCCACUUGUGUUUUUGAGGAAAUAUGUAUCAAACCAACGGAAAAUAAACCUAAAAUGA